GCAGAUCAAGAUGGCGGCGCUGAGGCGCGCCGUGCCCGUGCUGAGCCGGGCGCUGGCGGGGCCCGGCGGGGCGGCCCCGGGGCGGCGUUGGGUGCGGGCGCUGAGGCGCAGCCCUGUGCGGGUGCUGCCGCCGCGGAAGGAACAGGCUGAGGCACAGAAGAGGCCCGUGGAGCACCAUCCGCCCCCCCCGGCUGUGGAGCGGGGCUCGGCCGGGCCCGGGCUGUGGUACGAGAAGGCGUCGCCCGGUGACAGGAGCCUGGGAAAAGUGGUGACCAUCGCUAAGUCACGGAGUUUCCGCGACCGCCACGGGAAAGUGCUGCUGGAGGGGCUCAGACUGAUCCGGGACGCGCUGCAGGCGGGCGCCGCGCCCCGCGCUCUGUUCUUCAGCACCGCCGAGCACCUGAGGGAGCUGCCGCCGGCACCGCUGAAAGGAGCCCGCCUGGUGAGGGUGAGGUUCGAGGACAUCAAGUGCUGGUCCGACGUGGUGGCCCCGCAGGGGAUGAUAGGGAUCUUCUCCAAGCCUGACCAUGCCAAGAUGUCUUACCCUACUGCCCAGCUGCCCAUAGUCCUCAUCUGUGACAACAUCCGGGAUCCAGGAAACCUGGGGACUAUUCUGAGAUCUGCAGCAGGAGCAGGCUGUGAAAAAGUGCUGCUGACCAAAGGUUGUGUGGAUCCAUGGGAGCCAAAGGUGCUUCGUGCCGGUAUGGGAGCUCACUUCCGUGUGCCCAUUGUUGCCGAUCUGGACUGGGAAUCUGUUCCCAGCAACCUUCCUUCUGGUGUGCAGGUCUGUGUGGCUGACAACAAAGACCUGGGCGCUCAGGCUGAGACAGAACCCACGUCCCAGGGAGCUGGCAGGUCUGGCUCCCAUUCUGGCAAUCCAAAGGCGCCUGUAAAACCCAAACGUAAGGCUGCUCCUCCUGAACACAAGGAUGAGGAGGGAACAGAGGGCGUCUGUGCCUCGGAGCUUGCUGCACAGUAUUACUAUGAGAACUGGAUACAGUCCCCAGCGGCAGUUGUGGUUGGUGGAGAGACCCAUGGCCUGAGCCCAGACGCACUUCACCUUGCAGCCAGCACAGGUGGGAAGAGACUGGUCAUCCCUGUGGUGCCUGGUGUGGACAGUUUGAACUCCGCUGUAGCUGCUGCCAUAGUGCUGUUUGAAGGGAAGAGGCAGUUGCAGUGGAGGACACACAAGCAAGACAAUGAAAAGCAGUUUAUCCCAAGCAUAGUGGGAUAAACUGCUGAGGCUUGGGUGCUGAAGCAGCACCCCUUCCCUUCGGCACUCCGCAGAGGAAUUAAUUAAUAAAAGAGCAGCCUGGUCUGUUUUGUUUGCUAA